UUUCAUAAAUAAGAAUAUACAAUAUCAAAACAAUUAAAGUGUGAUUUCCGUAUCUAAAGGCUUAACUGUUAGAACCGACCAAACUGAGACCUCCUUGGGCCUAUCCCAUGUUUUGAUCUGGAUCCUGCUUUGUGAUGGCUUCUCCUUCUCUCGACACAUUUUGUUGUGCUGUUUCAGAAGAUCACCCAAGUCUUCAAAGACGGCUUCACUUCAGUUCAUCUCCUUACAAUAUUGUAUGUGCAAUAUCAAGCUUGUUAGGAAUUUUUGGUGCAAGUUAUCAGAUUUUUCCCUCAUCAGAUGACAGUCAUUCUAGACACGCACCACUGUCUGGUCAUAGGCAAAAACAUAUUAUUACUUAUCUUGCAGUAGCUGAUUUGUUUGCUUCUUUUGGUAUCUUUCUUCGAUCCAUUUUGUGGCUAACUGAAAAUGAUUGGAUGUCCAACAUUGAUUCUGAAGCUGGAAGCUCUUUCUGUGCUAUUAUAUCAGGUUGGAUCCAGUUCUGUUAUGGAGCUACUUAUCUCUGGACAUUGUGCUAUGCUAUUGAUGUACUGAAAACUAUAAAGCAGAAAACAUGGACUCCAAUCAUCUAUCAUUGUGUAGCAUGGGGAAUUCCAAUGACAUUAACCAUUUGUGGAAUGACUGUCCUGUAUGCUCCAGACUUUAAAUGUCACUCCAAUGUCUUUCAUGUUUUGACAAAUUAUUUAAUUACAUACAUUCCUAUAUUAACUGUGAUGAUUGUGAAUCCUGUGCUGUAUUGUGUAGCAUCAAACAAAGCAAUACAGUUGGUGAGUAGCCUGCUGGGAAGAUUUACACAGCAAGAGAGACAGAUGAUGAGUGCCUUGAGAGAGAAGUUUUUCUCAAUUGUCUUAGUGUUUUAUGUUUGUUGGUCACCUAAUGUUUUGAAUGGGUUGCUGUUAUGGACAACUUGGGGACAGCUCCCAAGAAAAUUUCUAAUUGGUCUGUGGUAUGUGAUGGCUGUAAUUAACCCUUUGCAAGCUGUAAUGAAUGCUUUUGUGUAUCGUGGCUGCCGAGACCUACGUAAAUGGUGCUGGAUCUUAUGGUCACUUAGGCCCUGGUCAGUUACAUGUGGAGAACCUCCUCAUCCAUCUUACACAGAAAUUGAAGACACAGACAUAGCUGCUGACUCCUCAUUUUUUAUAAAUCUUUUUCGUAGUGAUGCCAUGGUAUCUACAUAAUCCAAUGGAAGUUUUACAAACUCAAAACAUGCAAAAUCACCUUUGCUUUUAGAAACAGUAGCAUUUUUAACAAUAUAAGAAUGUAAAAUGGAAUACUCAUACUUUUAUCAAUAUAGCUAUUUUUGUAAAGAUACCAAAAUUUGAGGUUGAAGAACAUUAUAAAAAUUUCAAAUUCUGGUUUUGAGUAAUUAAGUCCAAAAUUUAUAGAGAACAAAUUGAUUAAGUUGCUUCAUUUUUUGCAUUGCUGUUCAACUUUACCAAGUUUUUAAACAUGGAUGAGAAUUGACUGCCAUUUGGCAGAUUUCUGCUAUUUCUAUUAUCAACAGUUUGUUCAAAUCCAGUGAGAAAAGUCUUGGAGAAUGAGUACUAGUACUAGAAAGCUUAGUUCUAGAGUGCCUUCUGCAAUAUUUAUGCUUAACUAAAAUUAAUAUGUGAAACUCCCUUUAAUUGGCUCAUCGACAGACUGUCAACCAACCAUAAAUGUGUUAUGAAUCCAAAGAAAUGCAUAAACUCUUUAAAGUGCCAUGAUGGAUGAUCAAAAAUGAUCAGCAUAGAGAGAGAGGCUUUAAAUAUUUCACCAUCUUCCUUAACAGUAUGCAUUUUCAUCCAUUUGUCUAUGUGUGAGAUUAUUUAGAUGGAACCUAAAUUUGACACAUAUAUAUAUAUAUAUAUAUGAUCCAAUGAAAUUUGGGGAGAUCAGACAUAUUAUAAAAUUCUCAAAAUUUUAUUCAAUAAUUAACAAAUAUUACAAAUGAAAAUACAUUUUUUUCAUAUUAACUGUCACAGAUUUUAGAAUUAUUUUCAUUCUCAUAAGUUAGAUAAUAUACAUAUCAUAAAUGACAUUAUCAUUUUGCAUUGAUCCAAAGAAUUUGGUCAUUUAUUACAAUACAGAAUUCUUGAAUCUCAUUAAGUAUUACAUUCAUUUUAUUAAUGUUAAGCAUUUAUUCUUACAUUACAACUUUUACAAAAUCUAAAAAAAGAGUGUUUUAUUUCUGUUCAGUUUUUUGACAUAGUAAGAUUUCUUUAUACAUAAAUGAAACUCAAAGAUUCUGUUCAGCAAAUUUCAGAGAAAAGGAGUUACAACUGACUUUUGUCUUACUGACCUAUGCAUUAUCAGUCAUUGGAUUAUCAUAUCCUUUUAUUAACUAAACUUAUUGAAAAUAUGAUUGUCAUAUGUGCAUACAAAUUCCAGCAUGCGUCAAUUUGCUUUACAAUUUAAAAGUAGUUAGUAGAAUAGGUAGAAAUUAAUGCAAAAUAUACAUAUUAUUUCAUAUCUUCCUUUUAAAAUACUCAGUUUAUAAAUGAUUUGCACUAGUGGAAACUGAUUAGAAUAGUUAUUACUUUUAAAAUUGCAUCUUGCUAGAUGGUUGGCAGUGAUAUGAAGUUAGUCUUUCCACGUAACCUUUUGAUGUUUACAUUUUUUGUAAAUUAUAUGUUGAGUUUAAAAUUCCUUGCAUGUUUUUCUGUUGUCAAAUACUAAACUUUAAAUUCUCCCAUUUUUUCCACCAGACAUUUUGCUAUAUUCAUAAGAACUAAAAUUAUUUGUCAGAAAGAAAAUGUAUUUCUGUCUUUUUCCAUUUGUGAACUUGUUCAUGAGAAUUAAUACUUUAUUAAUGAAUGAUUUUGAAACAUUACACUAAAUGCAGAGACCAAUGAAGAUAUUGGGAACACUGUCUGUCAGUUUAUAUUCACAAACAAACUUCAGUACAUCUUGAGGUGUAAGACACUUUGGUAGUUACCAUGCAAUUAAUUGCACAAAUCUCCAGCAUUGAUGAUGCUUCAUUAGCUUUUUUGUUGACUUAUUUUGUAAACUGUAGAUAUUGUAGAGGAAACCAAACACAGAAUUAAGUUCACAUAUCUGCUGAAAUCAUUCUUCAACUGAUUGUAUUGCAGUAUCAAGGAGAGCAAAAUAGAAGCUUACUUUAAAUUUUUUGUUUUGGGUCCUGAACUGGUUUGUCUUUUGCUUCAUAUGUGAACUGCUUCAUUUUUCUUAGAAUGCCUACUGGAUCUGGUUCAAAGUCUUUUGGCAUCUCUAACUCUUCAUCAAGUUCACAAGCAUCUACCAGCAAGCCUCCCAGAACUUUCAUUUUUUUUAGGAUUUGAGAACAUUGUUUUAGUAAAAUUUUUGGACACUUCUGGCUAUUUUUUAGGGCAUUUUAGGACAUCUGUCUUCUUUAUAGAAGUAAUUUAUAAUGAUUAAGCACUUGUUUUGUGGUCUCCUUCUCCCCUUACAACCACACCACAGCUCACACCUAAUAUUCCAUGAGUCAGACCUCUAAAAGUUGGUUACUGGUACCAACUAAGGGGGAAAUACCUGUAUGUUUUAUUGAAAGGUGAAUGUCCUUGGGUAUCAAAAAUGCUUGGUGGACAUUCCAACAGGGUAGCUUAUUCUGAAAGAUAGCACAGUUUUCAAGACACACCUAAUUUCCCAAAAAGUUUUCAUUUAGUGCAACAAUUUAGAACCAAUGAGUUGAUUUACUCAUGUUUAUUUAUUUAUCAAAUUACCAUAAAGCUGAGUGAUUACCCAAAAUGAGUUAGAUCUAUGUUGGCAGAAAAAUGAGAGUUGUUUAUAUAUAUAUAUAUAUACAGUGGUCCCCCCCUCUCUAACGACCGACCUUACAGCCAGUCUAUCAAAGUCGUAUCCGUGGGGAUGUUGUUAGGAAGGGGAUGGGCCAAUGGGGCCAUUGCCUACAGUCGGCUAGUCAUCCUUGGUCAGAGGCAAGUGGUAAUCAAGCGCAACUGAUUGAUGAUUUCACACCUUUCGUGCCAAAUUCGUGGACAGGCAGAGAGUGAUUAUUUAUGUGAAUAAAGUGACAUUAAACAACUAA